AUGGACAAUCCCAGUUUGAUCAACCUCUCCCCUGCCUCUUCCAGCCCCAAACCACCCCCGCCCGAGGGUGUGAAGUCCAACCCCUCCAAGCGGCACCGGGACCGGCUGAACCAGGAGCUGCACACGCUGACAGGGCUGCUGCCGUUCCCCGAGGAUGUGCGCUCCAGGCUGGAUAAACUCUCCAUCCUCCGCCUGACUGUGGGCUACCUGAAGGUGAAGAGCUACCUAAUGGCUACUGUUCCAAAGGUUGGCAACUGCCUGGAUCAGCUCAGAGCCCCAGGAGGGGAGAGACAGACGGAGCCGCAGGGUGACAGGGAGCUGUUUCCUGAGGGGGAGCUGCUGCUCCAGGCACUCAAUGGGUUUGUCAUUGCUGUGACUGGAGAUGGCUACAUCUUCUACAUCUCCCCUACUGUGCAGGACUACCUGGGCUUCCACCAGUCGGAUCUCAUCUACCAGAGCGUGUACGAGCUGAUCCAUGCAGACGACAGGGCCGCCUUCCGCCGCCAGCUGCACAGGACGCCCCUGCACGCUGCUGACACCUUUCCCCCUGAUCAGCCACUGCUGGGGGGACACAGCGCCACAUCCAGCCCCCAGCACCUCCAUGCUGAGAAGCAAUCCUUCUUGGAGAGGAGCUUCACCUGCCGCUUCCGCUGCCUGCUGGAUAACUCCUCGGGAUUCCUGGCCUUGAAUUUCCGUGGACGCCUGAAGUUCCUUCUUGGGCAGCAAAAGUCAGCAGCAGACAAGUCCCCGGUUGCUCUCUUUGCCAUUGCCACACUCCUCCAGCCUCUCUCCAUCCUGGAGCUCCGGACUAAGACGCUGAUCUUCCAGACAAAGCACAAGCUGGACUUCACUCCCAUGGCCUGUGAUUCCCGGGGGAAGGUUGUCCUGGGAUACACGGAGAUGGAGCUGUGCAGGAGGGGGUCUGGAUACCAGUUUGUGCACGCGGCCGACAUGAUGCACUGCGCAGAGCACCACGUGAGAAUGAUGAAGACGGGGGAGAGCGGGCUGACGGUGUUCCGGCUGCUGACCAAGAGGGGCGGCUGGGUGUGGGUGCAGGCCAACGCACGGCUGGUGUACAAAGGGGACAAGCCCGACUGCAUCAUUGCCCGCCAGAGAGCCCUGUCGAAUGAAGAAGGGGAGGAACAUCUCCAGAAGAGAAACCUGCAGCUGCCUUUCAGCUUGGCCACGGGGGAAGCAGUCUUGUAUGGGAACGAUGUUCCCAGGUUCUUGGACUCAUUCCAAGCCAAGGAGGAGUUGCAGGUGCAAGCAAAUUCCAACCCAGAACAGCGCUUGGUAGACCCCAACUCUCUGCUUGGGGCCAUGAUGAAGCAGGAUGCAUCCAUAUACAAUUGCCACGCUGAUAACACGCCUCAGUUCUCCCUGCCAGGUUUCCCUGCUGAGCCCGAUGGGCUGAGCCGGAAUGAGGACACCAGCAGUGCCAAGGAGGACAGCGACCCCCUCCUGGUGGUCAUCGAAACACUCUUUGAAAAGAAGGAGGUGGCUGGAAACGUCUGCCCGAGCCUCGGCGUGGACAGCACAGAGCUGCAGCAGUGGGAGGAGGCUCUACUCAGCCUGGGGGCAGAGGACGAGCUGUCAGCUCAGGGGCUCGGCCAGAGGCCGGCCACCAAGGUGACAUCCUAUGUGGAGCAGAUGCUCCUCAGGGACGGUGCUGGGAAGAGCCUGGACUUCCCACCCUGCCGUGAGGAAAACAGUGUUGUGGCUCGCUCCCAGUGCUGCUGGGCAGCUGGCUCGGCGUUCUCAGUGCAGUCCCGGGCAGCGGGCACAUGGGGAGGCCAGGGGGCUGUGGGCUCUGUAGCCUCCGUGGCCUCUGAGGGCAGCUCUGCCCAGCCAGAGCAGCAGGUCCCAUUUAACCCAGCCAGGCUGGUGGCAGGGGCUGUGCUGGGUGUGCCCAUCUCCAGCAGCACAUCCUCUGCAGCACUUCAGCUGGCAAACAAAGCAUUUCAAGCAGGAGAUACAACCUCUGCUCCUGUAGAUAACACUGCUUCUACUGCUCAGAGCCAGCCCGGGUGCCAGCUGGUGGGCUCAAACACAUUUGUGACUCUGUUGCACAAUGUCCCCCUCCAGGCAAACCCAACCAGUUGCCCGUCGGAGGCUUGGCUGGCCAUAGCACCGAAACAGCUGGAAGCUGCAGGAGCACACACAGAGUCCCAAACUCUGACAGCUGGCAGCCCUGAGAGGCCCUCGGGGGCCGGGCUGUGGUUGCCACUCCCCUCCCAAUCUAUUCCUUGCCCUACCCAGGGCUUGCAUGACUCCCUGUUCUCUGGGGAUAGGAAGCUCUAUGAUGCAGAGGCUGCUCUCCCUGCACCCUUAGGAGCCAGCGCACUGCCAGGGCACGAUGGCUUCCCCAAACAGCCCCUGGCAGCCCAUGUAGAGCCCAGCUUUUCCUGGGAAGGGGAGCAGGCAGUGCUCCAAGAGGACAAGUGGUUCUCACAGCUGUGUCUCCCGCAGGCUGGUGCAGCUCCUCCGAGGAGCCACGAGGCAGGGCCAGCACACCCCAGCGGGCUCCUGCUGGGCCUCAGCACGGAUCCCGGCGCCCACCAUAGGGAUUGCAUUGUGCUGCCCGAGUGCCAGUAUGGAAACAGCCUCUUCAGGCAUGAGAGCAGCUUCCUGAGAGAUGCUGCUGGUACCCCUUCCCCAGCAGCCGGGCGCUUUGCCUUGCCCUGCUGA